AUGUAUGACUCAAUUCAACCAAUCAAUCGUCCGCUCACGGACUCCUCAUUCACUACACCUAUAGUAACUUCUUUGUCAAGCAAGCCUGCCGUUAAGAUCACUCCAACCCAUACGCCAGUCAAUCCAGGACUAUCACUACCUCAAGACUUCCCGCCCUUGGUUGCUCCGCAACCUCCACCCCCCGCACCUCCUCGCCCUCAACGCAAAGUCACAACCAGUGCAGCUAUCAAGCCAGUCAUCCCUGUUCUUCCAAAUCCUUCUUCCAAACCCACAUCCAUGCAAAAAGACCCGCAACAGAGCGAGCAAGCCGGCAGUACCGAGCCCGGUAUUCAUUCAGUGCCCGAAGCCAGUGUGAAAUCCAAGCCAAAGGAAGACGCAGCAUCCUUGGGCAUGCCCGAGGCCAAGACUGCACCGAAACCAAGUAAAACCUCGCCUGCUAACUCUUCCAAGCCCGCGGACAAGAAAUCGCGGCCUAGCAAGCUCGAUAUUGCUGCAGCCAAGGAUGCAACGAAGAAGAAUAAAAAUGCGACAGACAUUGCAGGAGCAGUAAGCGGCCCCGGGCCUUCUCAGCCCCCUACUCCUGCCACAGCUGUUUCACAGGCAUCUGCUUCAUCUGCGACGCGCCCAAACCAAUUUCGACCAACCCGUGUACCUCCUUUGCCAAAGGCCGAAACACGACCAGCUUCGCCUGCAAUGGCUCCUACGAUUACGAGUAAGCAGCCAUCGCGACGGCCCAGUAUCACUUCCAUCGACCGGCCUGGGACACCAGCGAGCGAGAAGUUCUGGGACAACAUGUCGUUUGCCUCUACAACAUUGUCUCGAGCUAAUUCGCCUCCUCCAAGUAAGGUCGGAUCAGCACCUGUGAGGCAAGUCACAAAAAGUCAGCAAAAGAAAGAGAGACAAGCACGUGCAAAGCAGGCGGAAGAAGCCUCCAAAGUCGAGGAGAUUCCUGCCAAGGUUGAGGAGCCAAUGCAGGCACCUAUUAUUGGAAGAAAGAAGAAGGCAAAGAAAGAAAAGACGCAGGGUAGUGCAGACUCUACGCCUACCGUCACACGGCCGACAUCUCCUGUGCCCAAAGAAGAAGAAGCAGUGGAGGAAAAAGCGGAGCCGGUCACACCAAUUAGAGAGGGCAAGAAGACAGCCUCCAAGAUUGCAGCAGACAUGAAAGAGCCGGACACACCGUCAAGUCCCGCCACUCCGGCUUCAAAUGAUCCGCAAAAAGCCUCACUCACAGCUGCAUCAAUCUUUGCCAGUCUAUUGAAAUCCGGUGAGCUCAGUUCCACCGUGUCCGAGCUUUUCAAGAGUGUCCCCGGACUCAAUUACCGUUUCGAAGGCCUUGAGCUAGAUCUAGCUGUUGCGGAUGAUUCAAUGGUUUCGGACAGCCAGAUGCACUCUCUGGACCAAGGCGAGGCAAUCACUAUCCAAAAAAGCCCAACCAACCAUGUGGUCGUGCUCCCGGACCGCAGCGCUCUGCGUGGCUUGACUGCCGCCCAAGCAGCGCGCUAUCUUGAAUUGAGAAAGCAAGCUUUGGCGAACGGUGAUGUACCGUCUAAUCAAGCUCUCGCCGGUCUCGUCCCUGUUCUUCCACAAGUUAGUCUGCCUGUUGCACGGUUUACAUCUCGGGCUUCUUCGGAAGACCAGAAGCUGCCCAACCAUUUUGCUGCUCCUGCGCCAGGACCUACACCUCUUUCUGCGCAAAUGCAGAAGUAUGGCGCUAUGGAGGGGUCUAGAGAUGAGAGUUUCCUGAAGAGAAUUCCAAGCGUUAGCGUUGAGAGGGCUGAGCAGGAUUUGUCGCUUAGUAGGAAGGAAACGGAGGUUGUGGAGAAGAAGCUGAACGCGUUGUUGAAGAAAAACAGAAGGUUAUUGUUUGGGAGUGCUCACUAG